AUGAAACGCCCUGUCGUGAAGGCUUUGUUUGGAAGUCUUGCUUUGGUACACGUAUUAUUUUUCCAGUUUGGGAUUGCUAACCAGUACGACCCACAUGUCUACCCCUCCAUUGGACCGUUCAUCGAGGGCUGGUACGCCCGUUUGACAGACACGUCCACCCCACAAUCGUUCGGCGUCCUCUUCGGUCGGGUGUUGCCCAAACCCACUGCCGAGCGGAAAAAGUCAAUCCCGCUGACGUACGUUGCUAUUGUUUGCAGCGCCGGAGACCAAGCGCCAUUCGUGGUUGCGGAGGCCUUCCCCGAUCCAGACCACAUCUCUGUGACAGUGGACGGUGGGAUGCCCGUGACGGAGAACCCAGACAAUCGUAGUCCGGCAAAUUUCAGAUGGGCCGCUGACCCAUACGGGUCAUUCAACGUGACGGCCGAAUCGACAGUUUUUAACUUCACAAUCGGGGACAAAAGCUUGGCUGGGAGCUUUGGGGCUCCAGUGCCAUGGGGACCAGUUGGGCAAGGGCCAGAGGGGUGGUUGAGCAAUCUUCCAUUUAUUCCACUCCACUGGUUCGUUUAUAGCCUCUCAACAUUCGGGGACUACACCUGGGAGAGUCGAGGAGACGGCCUGACAAUCCAUGGCAACGCCAGAAUGCAUCAAGAGAAGAACUGGGGAGAUGGUUUUCCUCCAUCUUGGAUUUGGAUGCAAGGGGUCGAUUCCUCCGGCUCGACAGUCUUCGCGGGAACUUUCGGCGUCCUCAAGUUCUUGGGUUAUUUGUCGAUAACCGCUCACCUAUUCGGUUACCGCGACUACGGGGCCGACGUAGAGCUGGACUUUCGCCCUGACAAUUCAAUCAGCAGAAUGACUGCCGAUGGAUGUAACGGUGUGGCGAGAAUCGAAGUGCUUUCAUUUUGGUACAAGGUGAUAGUAGAAGCCAGAGCCCCUCCUGCGACCCUGCAGAAGUGUCUGAGGGGGCCCACAGAAUACGGAUUUCAAAAGGUCUUGGUGGAAAGUUUCAUGGCAACAGUGGACAUUGCUGUUUACAAAAGAGGAUACUUCAGCUACCACCUGAUGGAUAUGAAAUCGUUUGAGGGAGCGGCCAUAGAAUUCGGCGGUGAAGAACUUUGCGAGCAUAAUCCAUGCACAGCAGAACUGUAAAAUCGCUUUUCGCUGUGAAUGAUUAUUGGCUCAAAGUAAGGGUAGCUUGGAUGUAUUAACCAUUCUCCGUUUGGCUGUCAAAGAUAUAGACUGUAACAUCUUCUCUAGCUCUGAUUUUCUGUGAAAAAUUACAAUAAAGACGUCAUAAAUAGGACUACCAAUUCAUGUAGUAGCGGUACACACCCUUUGAUUAAAAAAGCUUUGUUCCGCAAACUGUCGAAGUGAUGGUCCAGGGUGUCAAUUGAAAGGAAAAAAAUAAGACUAUUUUGAAGAUGUAACUUUUUAUAUACUUUUUUGAAGGAACCGGAUUUGUUGGGGGGAGGGCCGCCUAAUAAUUUCAUGACCACAACUUCACGGAACUAUAGGUAAACCAUAAUAUAAUAAUAAAUACAAGAGCGGAUCCUGAACCACCGGGGCAUUUUUUGGGGGCCCAAAAAGGGAAUUUAAUUCUUUACGAAACGUUUUAUGGCUCUUGUGAGAAGCGAAAAUUUGGGAAC